GAUGGCGACUGUAGUGGCAGCAGAAGUACACUUUGCUCAAAGACUUGCUGGAAACGAAAAGAAGACCCGUGACAAGGCAGUGAAGAGGCUACGAAAAUGGUUACAACUUAAAGCAGUGCCUACAAGGGGUGACCUGUCAGACGAGGACUUACUGAAGAUCUGGAAGGGGCUACACUACUGUAUGUGGAUGUCAGAUAAGCCACUAGUCCAGGAAGAACUUGCUACAACUAUAUCCAGCUUGGUUCAUUGUUUUGAUGGUAACACCUCACUGGUGUUCAGCUUUAUACGGAUAUUUUUCCGGACGGAGGCCAGAGAAUGGCACGGCAUUGAUCGUUGGAGAAUGGACAAGUUUAUGAUGUUGAUCCGUCGCUUCCACCACCAAAGUCUGGUGUACCUGAGGAAUAAAGGCUGGGAUGACACUCACCUGGCUCAGUUCACAGACAUCAUAACAACAGAGAUCAUUGAUGUUGAUGGUGAAGGGUGCGUUCCAGAGGGCCUUAAGUAUCACAUUGUAGACAUUUACCUGGAGGAGCUGUCUAAAGUCGGGGCUGCUCAGCUAACAGCCAGUCAGGUCUCGUCUUUCCUUAAGCCAUUCUACUCUCAACUGCCAGCAUUAAAGAGUCAAACUCUGGUACGGUACAUUAUCACCCACCUGUUUGGUAAGCUCAUUGAUGAGGAGGUAGAAAGAUUAAGAGGGGAGACAACUGUUGAUGACGCAGAUGAAGAUACUGCCCCUAGGUUAGAGGUUAACCUGGAAGACCUGGCUGAGAAGCUGUUUGAAGAAGCCAAGGCCAAGUCCUGUCUGGCCAGAAAUAGACCAAUCAUCUACCAGCUGGUCAAUAGGCUGCAGAAUGUCUGUAAGGGUAUUCUGCCUGAUGAAGGUACAGAGGGGGUGAAUGAGCACCAGGACCCUAUACAGUCCUCUGACAUCAGCUUUUAUAGUUAUGUGUGUAAAUGUGUUGGCAGGCUGCAGAAUGUCUGUAAGGGUAUUCUGCCUGAUGAAGGUACAGAGGGGGUGAAUGAGCACCAGGACCCUAUACAGUCCUCUGACAUCAGCUUUUAUAGUUAUGUGUGUAAAUGUGUUGGCAGGCUGCAGAAUGUCUGUAAGGGUAUUCUGCCUGAUGAAGGCUGCAGAAUGUCUAAGGGUAUUCUGCCUGAUGAAGGUACAGAGGGGGUGAAUGAGCACCAGGACCCUAUACAGUCCUCUGACAUCAGCUUUUAUAGUUAUGUGUGUAAAUGUGUUGGCAGGCUGCAGAAUGUCUGUAAGGGUAUUCUGCCUGAUGAAGGUACAGAGGGGGUGAAUGAGCACCAGGACCCUAUACAGUCCUCUGACAUCAGCUUUUAUAGUUAUGUGUGUAAAUGUGUUGGCAGGCUGCAGAAUGUCUGUAAGGGUAUUCUGCCUGAUGAAGGUACAGAGGGGGUGAAUGAGCACCAGGACCCUAUACAGUCCUCUGACAUCAGCUUUUAUAGUUAUGUGUGUAAAUGUGUUGGCAGGCUGCAGAAUGUCUGUAAGGGUAUUCUGCCUGAUGAAGGUACAGAGGGGGUGAAUGAGCACCAGGACCCUAUACAGUCCUCUGACAUCAGCUUUUAUAGUUAUGUGUGUAAAUGUGUUGGCAGGCUGCAGAAUGUCUGUAAGGGUAUUCUGCCUGAUGAAGGUACAGAGGGGGUGAAUGAGCACCAGGACCCUAUACAGUCCUCUGACAUCAGCUUUUAUAGUUAUGUGUGUAAAUGUGUUGGCAGGCUGCAGAAUGUCUGUAAGGGUAUUCUGCCUGAUGAAGGUACAGAGGGGGUGAAUGAGCACCAGGACCCUAUACAGUCCUCUGACAUCAGCUUUUAUAGUUAUGUGUGUAAAUGUGUUGGCAGGCUGCAGAAUGUCUGUAAGGGUAUUCUGCCUGAUGAAGGUACAGAGGGGGUGAAUGAGCACCAGGACCCUAUACAGUCCUCUGACAUCAGCUUUUAUAGUUAUGUGUGUAAAUGUGUUGGCAGGCUGCAGAAUGUCUGUAAGGGUAUUCUGCCUGAUGAAGGUACAGAGGGGGUGAAUGAGCACCAGGACCCUAUACAGUCCUCUGACAUCAGCUCAGCUGUGAGGAGACUAGAGAAGCUGGACAAGCACUUAUACGAACAAAGCGGACUCAGCGAGAGGAAGAGGAGGAAACGAGAAAAGCUCAUGGGAAUCAUUGCAGAAGAGCACAAACUUGAAAAGGAGAUAAAGAAGAAAGGGAAAUCUGGAAAGGAGAUUAGCUCAGAAAAUGACCAGUCCUUUGCCAUAGAGAUGGAGGAGGCAGACAUUGAAGAGGUAGCUGUUCCCAAAAAAGCACGAAAAAAUGGCAAUAAAAAGGAACAAGAUAUAUUGACUGUAGAUGUCAACAUAAACAUGGCUAGUUCUGAGGAUUCAAGAGAGCAAGAAGCUCCUGAGAAGAAGAAACACAAGAAAAAGAAGAAAGUGACAAACAAUGAGUCCAUAAAUAUGCUUAUCUCCGAGAAUACAGAGGAAAAUGUCAAAUCAAAGAAGAAAAGAAAAUCCAUUGACAAUGUUAGCUCCACAAACAGUUCAGAAACAGUUCCAGACGAUCCACCCGGGGAAGAAGUGGACAUCUGGAUACCUAACAAGAAAUACAAGGGCAAGUUUAGUGGCUUUGACCCCACACUUCAGCAGGGGAAGUUUCCUUGUCAGAAGCAUCAUAGGAAAACAGAGGUCAAGGCCGCUCCUGCCAGUUUUGCUCAGUUUGAGGAAGGGUUGAAAACGCCGCCAGCUUUUGUCAGGAAGGCAUUCACGAAGUUACGACCACCACAGACAGAACCUGUCAAAAAGAGCAAUAAGAUGACACACGUUAGCAAUGGAGCGCACUCAGCUGUGAAGAAGCGGGUUAGCUUUGAUAUGAAGAGGAACACCUCACAAGAUUUUAAUGACAGCAUGAACGUCAGCGCAGAGAUACCAUUCAACCCCGAAACCAAACCUGACCAGAGUAUUCUCAAGUCUCCUCUAACCAGGCCAAGGUUAAAGGGAAGCAACUCCAAGACCAAAGGGAGACGACUGAGAGCAUCUGAUUUCUUCUGAUCAUUUAUGGCCUUUACCUUGGCAGAAAUCACCUGGAUAUGGUUUGCUAGCCCCCCAGCGUGUGCAUCCCCUGCUGUCUCCUGUCUUACUGUCCUGCUACAGGUGUGUCUGCUGCUAGACAAGGACUGUACUCUGACACAGAGAACAAUGUGUGGCCAUGCUUGUAGUAUAAGGAUAGCACUGUGCAGACAGGACAGCUGUUCCUAACCUGUUCGUCUUGACAUGUACUCUGACCAUCAGUUUCUCAUCCAAUUCUCCUUUUCUAAAACAACUGCUCAUUGUUUGCAAAGUUUAGGAACAAGCACCAAACUUUUAGUGAUGAUAAAUGAUUUGUCAUCUCAAACUGAAUAAAAUUAUGGUGUUAAACAAAUAUACCAAAUAUAAAUACAAAUAUACCAUUGCUGAAUGAGUAUAUAAAAUUAUGUAUUAUCUGUCAGUGGUUAUGGUCUGUUUGUGAGAGAAUUCUGCAGAUGGCAUUUCUUUGAUAUUUGACACCUGAUUGUUAGUUAUAGAUGUGAAGUGCAUAUAUUAUUGUGUAUUUUAUAAAACAGCAAUCAGAUAAACAAAUGGAUAAAGUGCAUGUAUUAUUGUGUAUUUUGUAAAACAGCAAUCAGAUAAACAAAUGGAUAAAGUGCAUGUAUUAUUGUGUAUUUUGUAAAACAGCAAUCAGAUAAACAAAUGGAUAAAGUGCAUGUAUUAUUGUGUAUUUUAUUAAACAGCAAUCAGAUAAACAUAUGGAUAAAGUGCAUGUAUUAUUUUGUAUUUUAUAAAACAGCAUCAGAUAAACAAAUGGAUAAAGUGCAUGUAUUAUUGUGUAUUUUGUAAAACAGCAAUCAGAUAAACAAAUGGAUAAAGUGCAUGUAUUAUUGUGUAUUUUAUUAAACAGCAAUCAGAUAAACAAAUGGAUAAAGUGCAUGUAUUAUUGUGUAUUUUAUUAAACAGCAAUCAGAUAAACAUAUGGAUAAAGUGCA